CCAAUGAAACAAAGAGGACAGGGACAGUGAGGUUUAACCAUCAAAUAUGCAAUGAAGCAGAUGAACACAGACCACACCAAGUGAGUGAAAGACAGGACCAGUGUGAUUUCUCUCAUUAGAAUCAGGGGUGAGCUAUAGUUUUAUCACUUCACUUCCCUGAAGGCAUCUGUUGAGGACAGGAGUUGCACUUUUCUCUCAGACUCAGGAGGACCCGGCCCGUUGUCUGUUGCUCUCUGACUUGCACUAACAAGCAGCCAUGGGCUCCUUGAUGUUGGGCUGCGUCACUGACUUCUUCACUUACGAGACUACCAAGUCUGUGGUGGUCAAGAGCUGGUCUGUGGGCAUCAUCAACCGGCUUGUACAGCUGCUCAUCAUCGUGUAUUUUGUCGGCUGGGUCUUCAUCCACGAGAAAGCCUAUCAGGUGACUGACACCGGCAUCGAGUCCUCUGUGAUGACCAAAGUAAAAGGCUUCGGUUACCAUGGCAACCGUGUGAUGGAUGUGGCCGACUAUGUGUUCCCCCAACAGGGUGCAGAUAUCUUCUGCAUCAUGACCAAACUCAUUGUCACAGAAAAUCAGUUUCAAGGGAAAUGUGCAGAGUUUGGGGACAAGUUUAGUUGUACCACGGAUAAAGACUGCCACAAGCAUUUUGGCAGCAUCCUUACCAACGGGGUAAUAACAGGUGUUUGCAUUCAACCCUCCAACAACACAGAGAAUGGUCGGUGUGAGAUUGAGGGAUGGUGUCCAGCUGAGAAUGACCUGGUUGAGAUCCGCCCGAUGCUAGAUGUUAACAACUUCACUAUCUUCAUCAAAAACAGUAUUCGCUUUCCACUCUUCAAUGUCACCAGAGGGAACUUUCCCACCACAAUGACGGCCGCAGAGAUCAAGAGCUGUACCUACCACCCGGAGACGCGCCCCUUCUGCCCCAUCUUUCUUGUGGGGGACGUGCUGAACUAUACUGGGCAGAACGUGGAUGACCUGGCAUCCCAGGGUGGAGAAAUAGGAAUUAACAUUGAGUGGAAGUGUAACCUGGACCUGGACAUUGACUAUUGUGUACCCAAGUACUCAUUUACGCGACUGGACGCACCAUUUGCCAAGAAUGCCAUCUCCAAAGGCUACAACUUCAGAUUUGCCAAAUAUUUCAAGACAGAGAAUGGGACAGAUUUUCGGACACUUCACAAAGCAUUUGCAAUCCGCUUUGAUGUUAUGGUCACUGGCAAUGCAGGAAAGUUUAACACAAUCCCAACACUGAUCAACCUGGUAGCUGCCUUUACCUCUGUUGGACUGGGUACAGUUCUCUGUGACAUUAUCCUACUGAACUUCUUGAAAGGGGCCGAACAGUACAAAGCCAAGAAGUUUGAAGAGGUGUCGGAGGCUCAGAUAGAAGCAUCCCUUGCUCAGAGCCCAGGCAGCCAGCUGUCACUUAAACCAUGUAUCAAGAGCUCCUAUGAUUCUGGAGCCAUUUCCCUCGCUACCUCUGACUAACCUAUCUGACUGACAACAACAACAACAAUCUGAAGAAAUUGGCUUUCCUCUCUCUUUCUUUUCCCUUAUUGCCUUAUUGCAAGAGAUUCAUUGUCUUUUCCGGUUGUCAGGAUCUUGCA